AUGAAGAAUUAUGAUGGAGAUUGGAUUGAAGGUGAUGACCUUAUCGCUACUGAAGCUAGAUUAAUGAACAAUGUGUGGUAUUCUGUUAAUAUUAAUGGGGUUAGACAUGGUUUUUUCAAGUCCAACAGAGGUAUCAAGCAAGGAGAUCCACUAUCCCUAUCUGUAUUUAUCAUUGGGACAGAACUUCUAUCCAGACUUACGAAUAGUUUGAUGAAUACUAAUUUUGUUCCCUAUUUCACUGAGAGGAAUGGGCCAAAAAUCAAUCAUUUGUGCUAUACAGAUGAUACAAUUCUAUUUUCUUUUUGUGAUCCAACUUCUUUGGAGUUGCUUAUGUCCAAACUUAAUCAAUAUGAACAAGUCUCUGGACAACUUGUGAAUAAGUACAAGUCUGGCUUCUAUGUGCCUUUCAAGGAUGAUGAUCCCAGAAUUAAUGAGAUCAAGAGAAUCACUGGUUUUUCACACUGCCCCUUUACUAUGACUUAUUUGGGAUGCCCUAUUUAUUUUGGUAGAAAAAGAGUAAUCUCUAAUAGACUUCAAGGUUGGCAAUGCAAAUUCCUUUCUUAUGGAGGCAAAGCAGUCCUUAUAAAAUCUGUCCUCUAUGUUAUGCCACUUCACCUCUUGGCUGUGAUUCAACCUACUAAAACUACCCUAGAUCAAAUAGACAAGAUUGUGGCCAAUUUCUUUUGGGCUAGAUCAAAACAGGAACAAGAGGAUUUUCUUCUGGUGAAGUACUGCAAAAGAUCACAUCCAGUUGCCCAAAAAUGGGGUAAUGGCCAAUCAAAUGUAUGGAGAAGACUGAUGGACAUAAAGAGUAAAGUUGAACCACAUAUUUUUUGGAAGAUUGGAAAAGGUGAUGUAUCCUUUUGGUGGGAUAACUGGUCAAGAUUGGGAGCAAUUGCUUCUAUAUUUCAGUUGGGAAGAGCUUCAAAGAUCACAAAAGUUAAUGAAUUCAUGAAUGGUGGUUUGUGGAAUCUUGAUAAGCUUCUGCAAGUUCUUCCACUAGAUAUGGUUCACACUAUAAAAAAAGAGUUGGAUAUUGAUGUAAAUAAGGCAGAUCACCCCUACUGGCUUCUUGAAGACAAAGGGAAUUUCACUUGCAAAUCAGCCUGA